CGGGGAGUGGACCGCCACAAUAGUAUGACGUUUUUCACAAAACGGAUGUCACGUGUUUAUGUACGAAAGCACUGUUUUCGAUUUUCUUCUGCUGCUUGUGAAUGCUGACCGAACACUAUCCACUAGUGAGCUGUCCAAGAUAACAACAUGGGUGAGAGGAAAGGACAAAACCACUACUACCCUCCAGAUUUUGACCCACAAAAGCAUGGCUCUCUCAAUGGUUACCAUGGAACCCACGCCUUACGUGAGAGGGCCAGGAAACUGUCCCAGGGCAUUCUUAUCAUCCGGUUUGAAAUGCCGUAUAACAUAUGGUGUGAUGGCUGUAAGAAUCAUAUUGGAAUGGGUGUGCGUUACAAUGCUGAGAAGAAGAAAGUGGGGAACUACUACACCACGCCAAUCUACAGGUUCAGGAUGAAGUGCCACCUGUGUGUGAACUACAUAGAGAUGCAGACGGACCCAGCCACCUGUGACUAUGUCAUUGUGACCGGGGCGCAGAGGAAGGAGGAACGAUGGGACAUGGCCGACAACGAACAGAUCCUGACCACUGAGCAUAGUGAGAAGGAGAAGUUGGAGACUGACCCCAUGUACAAGCUGGACCACGGUGGGAAGGACAAGGAGAAGCUGAGGAAGGCACUGCCCUCCCUGUCCGAGCUGCAGGACCACAAGGCUGGAUGGAAGGAUGACUUUGUGCUCAACAGCACCCUCCGCAGGAAGUUCAGGACUGAGAAGAAAGUAAUGGCGGAGGAGGAAGAAAAAGACAACUGUGUGAGGAAAAGGACAAAUCUGUCCAUCCCUCUGUUGCCCGAGAAAGAGGAGGACAGAAAACUGGCAGCGCUGCUCACCUACACAGCCCCAGACUCCUACGAUGACCGGCAGCAGUACAAGCGGAAGGAGAUCUCUAGCCGCUCCUGGUUCAGUUCCCCCGCCCGGCCGACGGGGAGUCCUGUCGGGAGUCUUCUCCAGAAGCUGGGUCUACAGGGGAAGGGCCCGUCGCUCGCCAGGGCCCCGGGCCCCUCACAGACGGCCCUGAGUCCCCACCGUCUCAUACGCAGGAGGACUGAGGGCUCUGGCUGCCGACGAGACACCUGUGCUACAGUCUCACGCAGGAUAUCUGAUCCAGGACCCAACGAUCCAGGACCCAACGAUCCAGGACCCAACGAUCCAGGACCCAACGAUCCAGGACCCAACGAUCCAGGACCCAACGAUCCAGGACUCAACGAUUUAGGACCCAACUCCACAGGACUCAACGAUCUAGGAGCCGACAACCCUGGAUGCAGUCUCUCUGAGGGGGGGUGGGAGCUUGGCUUGGCUCCAACACAGAGGACUGGGGCGACAGAUCUGGCAGUUGAACAACCCGAGCAGGGACUGGAAAUGGAGGAAAGGAAUCAGACGGCUAACACCACAGAGGAAGACAGAGGACAAUGGAAAGGAGGGGAUUGUGGGACGGUAUUGGGGGACAGUAAUAGCUCGGUACUAAAGGCAUCGCUGGUUGUUGACUACAGUGACACCUCUGACUCAGACCCUGGACAAUGAGGAUGGACAUUGAACUAUUUGCUUUGUAUUUGAGAAACCGGUCCCUUGCUCUUUGGGCGAACUUUGUUUGUUUAACUGAAUAAAUGUAAAACUCUGUGUACAUUUGUGACGGAACUGAAAAGGAGAAGUUAAUUUUCAACGUACCUGCGCGUGUUUGUUCCUGUUUUAUUAUUGAGGAAAAUAAUGCAUUUGGCUAGUCCUCCCUUUGAAAAUAAUCUUUAUCAGGGUUAGCUCUUAGGUCCCCACAAUGAUAGAAAGACAAAUGUGCGGGUCUGAUUUUGUUGGGAAAUUGUAUUUCAACAGAUGCUGUGGUCAGUGAAUAUACUGUGCACAAACUCUCUCCUGCACUAAAUUCACAAUGUCUGAUUUUUCUGCUGGUUUUGGUGUGAAAUAAAAUCUCUUCCACGAUUGAAAA